AUGGCCACCUUGCAGAUGUCCCAAGUUGAUUUGGAGCAAGGAAACCAUCGCCGUUCGGUUGUCGGAAGUGAUGUAAGUGGUGAAGGGAGCUUAUGCUUCUCUGAUGCCGAUGAUGGUUCUUGUUACUCUCGUUUCUACUCAACAAAUGGUGGUUCAUAUGAUGAUUACAGCUUUGCUUGUGUUUCUGAUCCUGAGGUUGGGUGUGUUCCUCAUUCUGGGAGAGCUUCUUCUGUUUCUGAGUGUUCUGUGGGUGUGGAAACUAGAACUGGAGUUCCUGAGAUCAAGGUGCAUUUGGCAAAAGUCGAGAAGGAUUGUAGGAUUUGUCACAUGGGUUUGGAGAGCGAUAGUCAUGAGUCUGGUGCCCCCAUAGAAUUGGGUUGUUCCUGUAAGGAUGAUUUGGCUGCUGCUCACAAGCACUGUGCUGAGGCCUGGUUCAAGAUUAAGGGAAAUAGGACUUGCGAAAUUUGUCAUUCUGUUGCUCGGAAUGUUUCUGGAGCAAACGAGGAAUCGACGGAGCAUGUUAGUGACGGUAACAAUGCUACUACAGCAGCCACACUCUCCACACCUGCCUCUUCAGCAGAAUCUCGAAGAUUUUGGCACGGCCAUCGCUUCCUGAAUUUCUUGCUUGCUUGUAUGGUUUUUGCAUUUGUCAUAUCAUGGCUUUUCCACUUUAAUGUGCCAUCAUCGUAG